AUGUCCGCGGCGGGUCUCCAGGACGUCAUGAAGGACCGCAUCAUGGGCACGCACGACGAGGUACUGCGUCGAAACAUGAAGAAGCACUACGGCUACGAGCUCUUCGUCCGCGGCGACGCGUUCGUCGUCGCGUUUCACGAGGUGAAGGACGCGUUGUCGUGGUGCCUUCGCGUCCAGCUCGACCUGAUGGCGUCGGACUGGCCGGAGGUGUUGCACGACGCGACCGCGGCGUCGGAGCGCGUGUGGGGCACGUACGAGGGGCUGCGCGUGCGCAUGGGCGUGCACUGCGGCGUCGUGGACAGCGCGACGAAGCACCAGGGAAAGCUCGUGUACGAGGGCGAGGUGACUCGGCAGGUGACGCGGAUUUGCGACGCCGGGCACGGCGGCGCGAUCAUCAUGUCGCAGGCGACGCUGCCGCUGCCGCUGAUGAUGCCGGACGACGACGUCAACUACGUGACGUACGACCAGGGUCUGCACGCGGUCAAGGACUUCAGCGCGCCGCAGCGGCUCAAGGAGGUGUAUCCGGAGAAGCUGAUGUCGCGCGCGGUGAUCGAUCACAAGACGGGGCGAAAACUCGACACGGAGACGCGGCUGUCGCCGUCGUUCCACGACGCCCCGAAGGGCCUCGUGACGAUGAUCUACUGCCACGCAGACGGGCUAGGCGACCUCAAGAAGGCGCUCGCGCCCGCUGUUGUCGACGCGGCGAUCGAGAUCAUGGCGGAGACGUUGCGCGCGUGCAUGCAAACGCACGAGGGGUACGAUUGCCGCGGGCACGAGAAAAACGGCGAGAACAUGUACGUGUUCAAGUCGUACGUGAACUGCGCGCUGUUCGCGGUCGAGGCGCAGAAGAAGCUUCACGAGGCGGCGUGGCCCAAGGAGCUGAUCGAGCACCAGCGCGCGACGGACGACGCGGCGCAGGGGAAACGCGUCGCGGGGUUACGCGUCAAGAUGGGGAUGCACAGCGGGCAGCUGAAACGCAUUCGCAUCCCGAACGAGGGGCUCGCGGAUUACUACGGCGAGUCCGCGAACAGAGCCGCGCGCGUCAUGUCCACCGCGACGGGCGGGCAAGUCGUCUGCGUCGCGAGCGAGCUGGAGUACUUCUUAGACGAGCACACCGGCGUGCGGCCGAAGUUUGUGGAGGAUCCGAUCGGGACGUUUCAGUUGAAGGGCAUCCCGGGGGCGACGGCGUUGGUGCAGCUCGCGCUGGACGAGGACAUGGCCGCGCUCGCCGCGCGGCGGUUCACGGAGGGGAAGAAGGCGACGCUGAUCACCCCGGGCGCGCAUCUGCAGAGGGUCGUGCACGAGGCGGUUCGCGUCGCGCGGCAGAACUCGAAGAAGAAGCUCGGCGUUCGGCUCGAGUCGAAAGCCAGAGGGUGGGCGUCGAACGUUCGGCGACGGAUGAGCUUGAGGGAGUCCAACUCGGGCGGAGCGGCGCCCGAGGAGGCGAGCGGCGAGAGACGCGGGGGGUCGGAGCCGGCGACGGUCGGAGCGGUCGGAGCGGGUCUCUCCGGAUCGAACGGGUCCGGGUCCGGGUCCCCCGCGAAGGCGGCGGCGGCGGCGGCGGCGAAGUUCCCGGACGAAGCGACGCCGGCGGCGGCGAAGUUCCCGGACGAAGCGACGCCGGCGGCGGCGACGCCGAGCGCGCAGCCGCCGUCGCCUUCGGGGGAGUCCACGGACGCGCGGACGCAGCUUGCGCCUUCGCCGCCGUCUCCGUCGUCGAGGCGCGCGUCCGUCGCGUCCGUCGAGGACCUCGGGUCGAACGCCGAAACGUAGACCAGGCGCGAACCGCCGUACGAUCACGCGAUGAAGAACUACAAACGCGCCACAGUACGUUCGCAUUCAAACGCACCCUAAACCACCCUAUGAU